AUGGAUGUGCAUUCCACUAGGUUACGUCCAGGAGUGGAUGCUGAAGAAUGGGGUAAAUUCCUACAUACAAAGAACAAGAUAUACACAGACUUUGAUGAAAUCCGACAAGAAAUCGAGAAUGAAACUGAAAGAAUUUCUGGCAACAACAAAGGUAUUAGCCCAGAACCCAUCCAUCUGAAGAUCUUCUCUCCUAAUGUGGUCAACCUGACACUAGUGGAUUUACCAGGGAUGACAAAGGUACCAGUGGGUGACCAGCCUAAAGACAUCGAACUGCAGAUAAGAGAAUUAAUUCUGAGGUACAUCAGCAACCCUAAUUCCAUCAUUCUAGCAGUCACUGCUGCCAACACAGACAUGGCAACUUCCGAAGCUCUGAAAAUAGCCCGGGAGAGUGAUCCAGACGGUAGGAGAACGCUCGCUGUGAUCACCAAACUCGACCUCAUGGAUGCUGGGACAGACGCCAUGGAUGUCCUCCUAGGGAGGGUCAUACCAGUUAAACUGGGCAUCAUUGGAGUUGUCAAUAGGAGUCAGCUGGAUAUUAACAAUAAAAAGAGUGUAGCAGACUCAAUCCGGGAUGAAUAUGCGUUUCUUCAGAAGAAGUAUCCAUCUCUGGCCAAUAGGAAUGGAACCAAGUACCUGGCACGUACCCUGAACAGGUUACUGAUGCACCACAUCAGAGACUGUUUGCCAGAGCUAAAAACCAGGAUCAAUGUUUUAGCAGCUCAGUAUCAGUCACUGCUCAACAGCUAUGGUGAGCCAGUGGAAGACAAGAGUGCAACUCUGUUGCAGCUCAUUACGAAGUUUGCCACAGAAUAUUGUAACACAAUUGAAGGCACAGCAAAACACAUAGAGACUUCAGAACUGUGUGGUGGUGCACGAAUUUGCUACAUCUUCCAUGAAACUUUUGGGAGGACACUGGAAUCUGUCGAUCCGUUGGGUGGACUGACCACUAUUGACAUACUUACAGCUAUCAGAAAUGCAACGGGCCCACGGCCGGCCUUGUUUGUCCCAGAAGUGUCUUUUGAGUUGCUGGUGAAGAGACAAGUGAAACGCUUGGAAGAGCCAAGUUUGCGGUGCGUUGAGCUUGUUCACGAGGAGAUGCAGAGGAUCAUCCAGCACUGCAGCAAUUACAGCACACAGGAGCUCUUGAGGUUCCCAAAGCUGCAUGAUGCCAUAGUUGAGGUGGUCACAUCGCUUCUGCGGAAACGCCUUCCUGUAACCAAUGAGAUGGUCCACAAUUUGGUGGCCAUUGAACUUGCCUAUAUCAACACUAAACAUCCAGAUUUUGCAGAUGCCUGUGGUCUGAUGAACAAUAAUAUAGAGGAACAGAGGAGGAACAGAUUAGCCAGGGAUUUACCGCGGCCUGCAGCUCUUACAGAUAAAUCUACUAAACCUCCAGGGCCUCUGGCGUCUGCCUCCCUGGAGUCCUCCUCUGCUUCUGCCACUGAGGCUGAUGGCAAGGUCUGUGCCAAUCUCAUAGCAUUGCAUGCUAUGCUUCAUUUUUGUGGUUCUGUUGUAGCUCCUGCGGGGGGCAUUGCAGACAGCAUCCCAGAUGCUGGAACUGGUAACUGGAGAGGAAUGCUGAAGGCCUCUAAAGGAGAAGAUCCACUAGUAGAAGAGAGGAGCAGACUUGCACCCAUCCUUCCAGCCAGCCCCCAAAGGGGCCACGCUGUGAACCUCCUGGAUGUGCCUGUGCCAGUUGCCAGAAAACUUUCUGCUCGUGAGCAGCGUGACUGCGAAGUGAUUGAGCGACUAAUAAAGUCCUACUUCCUGAUCGUACGGAAGAACAUUCAGGACAGUGUGCCAAAAGCCGUGAUGCACUUCUUGGUGAACCACGUGAAGGACACGUUACAGAGUGAGCUGGUGGGCCAGUUGUAUAAAUCCAUGUUGCUGGAGGACCUACUUACAGAGUCUGAGGACAUGGCACAGCGCAGGAAGGAAGCUGCAGACAUGUUGAAGGCACUUCAGAGAGCAAGCCAGAUUAUAGCUGAGAUCAGGGAGACGCACCUCUGGUGA